UUGAUGUUGGCAAUGAUGGAGGAGCUGGAGUCACUGGGAACAGGGCAGCUGGAAGCACUGGGAGCGGAGCAGCUUUGGGCCAGGACCAGCAUCCCUAAGGACUGUGCUGCUUUUCCCCACCGUGUGGUUGAUUUACAUGGGGUGGAGGACGGAGGUCUCCCCGCUUGUGUUGGGGUUCGCAGCAUUUUUCCCCCCUGGGACAGGAAGGAGUGCUGCUGGGGGCACCGGCCAGCAGUCGGAGGAGAGAGUGGCACCGAGUGCCAUCAUCAGCAUGGGAACCUCGGGGGUGGCAACGGGGACACAGACCCCGACCGUCCCCAGGGACCACAUCUGCCCCGGCUCUCUCCUCGCCUCCGGUAGGCUGCCCCCCCCCUCGCUGCCUCAGGCGGGGGGGUACGUGCGGGUACCCCGGUAUCCAUGGCGAUAGGAGGCUGUCCCCCCGCUGCUCCCUCCUCUCGCUGCAGCCGGCGACCAGCCGCAACCGGCGCGGCGGCACCGGCACCGCCGUACGGGCACCGGGCUCAGUCCCGGGCGGGGGGGACCGGGGGAGGGACGGGGACAAAUUCCCCCCCCCUCCCCCGGCGGCAGACACCCCCCUCCCGCCCGCAUGCCGGCGAUGCAGCCCCCGGAACCAGGCCGGGCCGGUGAAGGCCCUUCCAAUGGCAGCUGGUCCAACUCCACAGCAAGUGACAUCCACCUCCUGAGGGAAAACUACACCUUCCUGGCAUACUACCAGCACUCCUCCCCUGUGGCUGCCAUGUUCAUCCUGGCCUACACCUUCAUCUUCCUCAUGUGUGUGAUCGGCAACAUUCUGGUAUGCUUCAUUGUGGUGAAGAACCGCCAGAUGCGGACAGUCACCAACAUGUUCAUCCUCAACCUAGCCAUCAGCGACCUGCUGGUGGGCAUCUUCUGCAUGCCCACCACCUUGGUGGACAACCUCAUCACGGGUUGGCCCUUUGACAACACCACGUGCAAAAUGAGCGGCCUGGUGCAGGGUAUGUCUGUCUCCGCCUCCGUUUUCACACUGGUGGCCAUCGCUGUGGAGAGGUUUCGUUGCAUUGUCCACCCGUUCCGGCAGAAGCUGACGCUGAAGAAAGCCCUGCUCACCAUUGCUGUCAUCUGGGUGCUGGCCCUGCUCAUCAUGUGCCCCGCCGCCAUCACCCUGACCGUCACCAGGGAGGAGCACCACUUCAUGGUGGAUGCCUAUAACAACUCCUACCCCCUCUACUCCUGUUGGGAGGCCUGGCCCGAGACAGGGAUGAGGAAGAUCUACACCACUGUCCUCUUCUCCCACAUCUACGUGGCCCCUCUCACCCUCAUUGUCAUCAUGUAUGCCCGCAUUGCCUUCAAGCUCUUCAAGUCGGUGGCACCUGCCCGUGGCCAAGAGGAUCCAGAGGGGAGGAGAGUCUCCUGGAGGAAGGCCAAGGUCAUCAACAUGCUCAUCAUUGUUGCCCUCUUCUUCACCCUCUCCUGGCUGCCCCUCUGGACGCUGAUGCUGCUGAUGGAUUACGGUCAGCUGAGUGAGGGCCAGCUCCGCCUGGUCACUGUCUACGUCUUCCCCUUUGCCCACUGGUUGGCCUUCUUUAACAGCAGCGCCAACCCUAUCAUCUAUGGGUACUUCAAUGAGAACUUCCGACGGGGCUUCCAGGAGGCCUUCAGGGCUCCCAUCUGCUCACCCCACUGCCAUCACCAUCGCCACCGUGGGCCCUACACCCCCAGAAACCACAGCCGUGGGAUCCUUUUUGGCACCCACAACCGCGUCUUCACCCAGGCGCGGGCCAGCGACUCCCUGCCUGCCUCCGAGUCAGGGCUGCUGGCACCACGCCACACCGGUGUCCCUGCCUGGGAUGGCUGAGCAGCUGUGGCCACCAGGCACCUCUGGUCCAAGGGCUUCUGGGAUGGGGAACGGGGAUUCGCCAUGUCAUGAGCCAUGAGUCACCGAAAUAAAGGCGUGUCCUACUGA